UAACUCUGAGGAGAUCCGCACAGCUGAGAGAGCCAAGUGAGGCUUCCUCUCUGUAUAGCUUCUCGCUUGCAGCUGUAGACAACAGACAGGCACAGUCACAGUUCGGAUCCGAUCACGAGAGCACAUCCCCGAGGUCCACUCGAUUCAACGAUGAAGGACAUACAGGCCCAAAUGCAGAAAGAUGGCUAUGUCGUGCUGGAAGAUUUUCUCAGACCCGAAGAAGUCGACGAGCUCAAAACGUGCGGCGAGGAAUUCACCACAAAUUUACCACCGGAACAACAGAGAAAAAUCUUCAAUAGCAUAGAUCUUCAACAAAACAAGGAUCAAUACUUUAUCGACAGUGGGAACAAAGUGAGCUACUUUUUCGAAUCCGAGGCCCUCGAGGACGAUGGAAAAUUGAAAGUUCACCCGAGAGUAGCUUUGAAUAAAGUGGGCCAUGCACUCCAUUGGUUGCAUCCAACAUUUCGACGAAUCACUUUCGACGAGAGAAUCAAAGAAGCUGCUUUUCAGUUGAACUUUCAAGAACCAGCAAUCUGCCAAUCUAUGUACAUUUACAAAAACCCUGGAUUGGGCUCCGAAGUGAAAGCGCAUCAAGACGCUGCUUAUUUGUACACGGAUCCGCUAAAGCUCGUAGGUUUUUGGAUAGCGUUGGAUGACGCCACUUUGGAAAAUGGUUGUUUGUGGAUUGCUCCAGGAUCUCACAAAAGCGGUGUUCAUCGAAGAUUUAUUAAGAACAAGGAUCCUAAUUCUCCGGAACUUUUGAUCUACGACAGUCCGGCCCCGUGUUAUCCAGCGAGUAAUUUUCGAGCUGUUCCUGUGAGGAGAGGCGCGUGCAUUCUCAUCGACGGUCAAGUCGUUCAUUUCUCUCGAGCAAACAAGAGCGACAAAUCGAGACACGCCUACACUUUUCACGUUAUCGAAACGAAACAAGUCGCUUACUCGAAAGAUAAUUGGCUCCAACCUCCUUCCGGGGGAUUUCCGUUAUUAUAUAGGCAUUGAAGGAUCGAACAUCUGUGAAAAUCAGCAACAAUCGUUACUUCUAGAAAAAAAAAACAUUUUUUCGUACCCGUUUACCGCCUUUUUCAUGACAAUCUCGUCGUUCGACACAAACAACAAUUUUUUAUUGGAAAGCAUCGAGUACAUGGUAUCUCGCAUGAUGACACAAGUGUCGUUUGCCAAUGAAAAACGAAUUUUUCAAUUUUCUAGUAUUUUAAUGAUGGAUAAUUUUCCUUUUCGAACAAAAAUUGCAUUUGAUGGAACAGCAAAGAUCGACGAAUUUUAUCCCCCUAUCGUCAUACUUUUGUUCGUUGAAAAUCCAUCAAUUUUUAAAAGUUAUCAGAAAUAUUUCAAAUGGUUGGAAGUUCGGAAAAAAGGUGAAAAUUAUACGAUUUUUUAUUUUUUGAAGCAACAAAGCCUUCUGUUUUCAAUCAUGAGGACUAAAACUUAAAAGAAAACUCCGAAAUGACGGCUGUGUGUUUCUCUUUAUUUUAAGGGGCUGUACAGAAUAAACUUAAUCGUUACUACUGUU